CGACUUAGUGUUAAAAUGAGCGGAAGAGGCAAAGGAGGAAAGGGACUCGGGAAAGGAGGCGCCAAGCGGCACCGUAAAGUUCUCCGUGAUAACAUCCAGGGAAUCACCAAACCCGCCAUCCGCCGUCUGGCUCGCCGCGGCGGAGUCAAGCGUAUCUCCGGCCUCAUCUACGAGGAGACCCGCGGUGUGCUCAAGGUCUUCCUGGAGAACGUCAUCCGUGACGCCGUCACCUACACCGAGCACGCCAAGAGGAAGACGGUCACCGCCAUGGACGUGGUCUACGCCCUCAAGAGGCAGGGCCGCACCCUGUACGGCUUCGGAGGCUUUAUCCGUCUUUGGAACCAGAAUCAUCGAUAUCUAACCAUGCCUGACCCAGUGAAAGCACCGAAGAAGGGCUCCAAGAAAGCCGUCUCCAAGUCCGUGUCUAAGACCGGCAAGAAGAAGAGGAAGACCAGGAAGGAGAGCUACGCCAUCUACGUGUACAAGGUGCUGAAGCAGGUCCACCCCGACACCGGCAUCUCCUCCAAGGCCAUGAGCAUCAUGAACUCCUUCGUCAGCGACAUCUUCGAGCGCAUCGCCGGAGAGUCUUCCCGCCUGGCUCAGUACAACAAGCGCUCCACCAUCACCUCCAGGGAGAUCCAGACCGCCGUCCGCCUCCUGCUGCCCGGGGAGCUGGCCAAACACGCCGUGUCUGAGGGCACCAAGGCCGUCACCAAGUACACCAGCUCCAAAUCCAAAAUGGCCAGAACCAAGCAGACCGCCCGGAAGUCCACCGGAGGAAAAGCUCCCAGGAAGCAGCUGGCGACCAAAGCCGCCCGUAAGAGCGCCCCGGCCACCGGCGGAGUGAAGAAGCCUCACCGUUACAGGCCCGGUACCGUGGCUCUGAGAGAGAUCCGCCGGUACCAGAAGUCCACCGAGCUGCUGAUCCGCAAGCUGCCCUUCCAGCGCCUGGUCCGGGAGAUCGCUCAGGACUUCAAGACCGACCUGCGUUUCCAGAGCUCCGCCGUCAUGGCUCUGCAGGAGGCCAGCGAGGCUUACCUGGUCGGCCUGUUCGAGGACACCAACCUGUGCGCCAUCCACGCCAAGAGGGUCACCAUCAUGCCCAAAGACAUCCAGCUGGCCCGCCGCAUCCGCGGGGAGAGGGCUUAGAGUCUGAGCCCGACCCGGGACCAGCUCCCCCACACAACGGCUCUUUUAAGAGCCACAAACAUGUUCUGGAAGAGCAACAGACCUUUUUUAUAAAACUGCACUAUGAAGCAAGAACCAUACACAAGCUGAUUGAUCCGUUGGUUGACUCAUUAAUAAAUAAAGUAAUAAAGUCUUACAACGAUUAAGAUAAAAUAAAUGUAAAAUACAGACAUUUGUGUGUUAGAUUCAUUAUCAUUAACAAUUAGUUUUUCUUAAUUAAAUCUAGAUAGACUUUCAUGAUUAGAGGUAAUAAACAUUUUCUAUAUGUCAAUAUCAGUCAAGUUGAGCUGAAUAUGUUGAAGUGUGAAAACAAUAUGAGCAGAAAACAUGUGUCAUCUUCUUUCCACUGAGGAGAAAUCACCGUGAUGCUGUGGAGCUGCAGACCAAUAUUCAGUGUAAAACAUGUGGCUUCUUGUUUACAAACGUACUAUUCCUAUCAAAAUAAAAGAACUACGAUAUAAGAUAAUUCACAACAUACAACCAUUGAACGAUUACAUCUCACGAUUUGCUGAGAUCAGCAACAAAUGUGAUUUUUGUACAAUGGAAGAAGAUGACAUAAAACAUUUGAUUUAAGAGUCUUCUGUAACGAGAUCCUUCAAGAACUACAAUUUAGUGUUAAGAUAUUAGCUAAGAUUUUGCUCAUUGCUCUCGAUCUCUAUGCGACUGUUUCAUUUUCUUGUUUUUGACUUAUAUUUACUGAGAUAUAAUUUUCUUAAUACAAGAUACAGGAAGGAAUAUGCAAUACCUUAUGAUGGACUAUAAAACAAGAGACUUGUUUGUGAUGUUUGUUUAUAUU